CACUCCGAUUUUCCACGAACCCAACCCGCAUCGUGUCAAGACGCCCAACCAUCCAUAGCUACCCCCGCAGCAUAUCUGUGGCGUUCGUUCGCUGCCUGCCAUGGCCUCACACCUCCACCGCCUGCUGCUGCUCUUCCUCCCUUCGCUCCUCCUCUUCCGCCGCGGCCCGCCCCCGCCGCCGCCGACUACGCCCAGUCCCAGCGCCGCCGUGUACCCUGUCGUGCUGGUGCCGGGGAACACCUGCAGCCAGCUGGAGGCGCGCCUCACGGACGCGUACGAACCACCGCCGGAGUCGCCGCAGUGCGGCGCGCGGGAGCGCGGCCGGUGGUUCCGGCUGUGGAGGAACGCCACGGCCAUGGACGACCCCGCCGUCAAGCCGUGCAUCGUCGACCAGUUCCGCGUCGUCUACGACCCCGCCGCCCGCGACUUCCGCAACGUGCCGGGCGUGGAGACCCGCGUCAUUGGCUUCGGCUCCACCGCUGACUUCCUCGCCGACACCCAAGCCAACAAAGACCUCUGCUUGGGGACGCUCGUCGAGGCGCUGCAGCAGGCCGGGUACCGCGACGGCGAGACGCUCUUCGGCGCGCCGUACGACUUCCGGCAAGCUCCGGCCGCGCCGGGGCAGCCGUGCCGCGCCUUCGCGCGGUUCACCCGGCGGCUGAGGAAGCUCGUGGAGCGCGCGAGCAGGGAGAACGGUGGCAGGCCCGUCGUCCUCGUGUCGCACAGCCAGGGCGGCUACUUCGCGCUGGAGUUCCUGAACCGGAGCCCGCCGUCGUGGCGCCGCAAGUUCGUCAAGCACUACGUCAUGGCGUCCACGGGCGCCGGCGGGUUCCUGCUCGGCAUGCGGAACCUCGUGUCCGCGCCCGACCAAGCGGUGGAAGCCCCCGACGCGCUCGUGGCGCUGCCGUCGCCGACGGUGUUCGGCGCCGGCACGCCGCCGCUGGUCGUCACGCGGGAGAGGAACUACACGGCGGGCGACAUGUCGGAGUUUUUGACGGCGAUCGGGGUGCCCCCGCUCGGGGUGACGCUGUACGAGACGCGGGCGCUCCCGGUGCAGCUCGGCUUCCGAGCGCCGGUGGUGCCGACGACUUGCAUCAACGGCAUCGGCGUGUCCACGAUGAGGCAACUGGUGUACUGGGACGGCAACUUCAGCGAGACGCCGGAGGUGGUGUACGGCGACGGCGACGGCUUGUUACCGUCGGCGAGCAUACUGGCCCUCGACACGGUGAUCGGCGGUGACCCGAGGCAGGAGUACUACAAGUCUAUCAAGCUUGCCGCGUCUCACGCCGGCGUUGUCUCAGAUGCUGCGGCCUUGAAGCGUGUCGUCGAUGAGAUUCUUUGGAGCAAUCCGAUGUGAGAAAGUGUAUCAGAGAUCAACUCUGUCACCCGUUUGACAGUCAAUUGACUCGUAAGAACUUCGCUUUAGAUAGUACUAAAUCAUACCUCCACCCUGUUUGUUUUUUUUUAUCUAUUGGAUUGGAUGAAACUUGAGAUUUAUAUUGACUAAAAAGGGAAACCAAACGUGAUCAUAAUCAUGUGUUGCAACAAAAACA